AUGGUCUCUCCCCUGGCUGUGGCCUGGGCCGCCCUGGGCUCGGCGCUGGGGUCCCCGCGAAGGAAGCUCGCGGCCGCCCGCGGGUGGAGGCGGCUCUGCCUGCGCAGUCCGAGAGGCCCUGUCUCUGGAGUUUGGGGGAGCCUUCGAGCCCUCCACAGAUCCAGCAGCAGCUCUCUGUGGGGGCAGGCGUUUCCGCAGAGGACUCUGGGAGAGGAAGCUGUGACCGGGUCUAGCUUUGGGCUGCGAAGCUUCCUGGGUGAGAAGCCUGGCUGCCUCAUCACGGGGGCCUUCAGCAACCACGGAGCAGGAGGCGGCCAAGGAGGAGAGAAGCUCUCCUUGCAGGAUGUAGCCGACUUGAUUCGGACCAAAGCCUGCCAGAAGGUGGUGGUCAUGGUGGGUGCCGGGAUCAGCACCCCGAGUGGAAUCCCAGACUUCAGGUCUCCGGGGAGCGGCCUCUAUAGCAACCUGGAGCAAUAUGACCUCCCUUACCCCGAAGCCAUCUUUGAACUGCAGUUCUUCUUCCACAACCCCAAGCCCUUCUUCGCUUUGGCCAAGGAACUCUACCCUGGGAACUACAGGCCCAACCUGGCCCACUACUUCCUGCGCCUGCUUCACGACAAGGGGCUGCUUCUGCGCCUCUACACGCAGAACAUCGAUGGGCUCGAGAGAGCAGCUGGCAUCCCUGCUUCAAAGCUGGUAGAAGCCCACGGCACCUUCGCCUCUGCCACUUGUACCGUCUGCCGGCGAUCCUUUCCAGGGGAGGAAUUUCGGGUGGAUGUGAUGGCAGAUAGGGUCCCUCGCUGCCCCAUCUGCACAGGGAUCAUCAAACCCGACAUCAUCUUCUUUGGGGAACAGCUCCCACAAAGGUUCUUCCUGUACAUGGCCGACUUCCCCAUGGCAGAUCUGUUGAUCAUCAUUGGGACCUCUCUGGAGGUGGAGCCUUUUGCUAGUCUCUCUGAAGCAUCCAGAAGAUCUGUCCCUCGAGUGCUGAUCAAUAGGGAGCUGGUGGGCCCAUUUGCCUGGAGCCCUCGACACAACGAUGUGGCUCAGCUGGGAGACAUCAUUGGUGGGGUGGAGAUGCUGGUGAAGGCCCUGGGCUGGACCGAGGAGAUAGAGGACCUUGUCCAGAGAGAGACCAACAAGGAUGUCCUCUGAGAAGCAUCAGCGAUGGACCAGGAGCCAGGCCAGGUGUGGGGGAAGGGUUCCUUUUUGCCUAGCCCCUCUACUCAAUCAACUGGCCCUGUCUGCCUCCCUGCUGCCCCUCUCCCUUCCUAGCCCCGUGGCUGACCCCACCUCUUCCUUCAUCGGAGCCAUGAAUUCAAUGUUCCUUCAUGAGUCAAUAAACAUUUAUUAAGCACCUA